AUGAAUGCCUUCUUUGAUGGUUAUGUCCAUGCCAAAACAAAUUUGAAAGAGUUUGUCGAUCAGUAUGAUAAUGCCUUGAAAAAGAAGAUUGAGAACGAAAAUUGCGCGGACUUCCAGUCAUUUAACGUCACAAUUCCCUGCAUCUCGAGAUCUCCUAUUGAAAAGAGAUAUCAACAGCUGUACACAAAUGCUAAAUUCAGGGAAGUUCAAAUACAACUUACCGGCAUUAUUGAUUUGGACCCAGUUUUACUUAAAGAGGACGGUACAAUGAAGACCUAUCUGGUAGAGGAUGAAGUUCAUCUCGAAGAGUUCACUAAGCUGGUUACACAUACAGUGGAUUUUAGUGAUGACGAUGCAUUCACCAAGUGUUCUUGUGGUUUAUUUGAAAUGAGGGGGAUAGUAUGCAGGCACAUCUUCGCCGUCUUCAAAUGUAACGGGAUUAGGACAAUACCAGAUAGGUACGUGCUGGAUCGAUGGAGGAAGGAUAUCAGAAGAAGAUACACGUUGAUCAACAGUAGAUAUGACGCAGGUGAUCAACGGGAAGAUGCUAAUAGAUAUUCAACUCUGUUGAAUAUCUGUUAUAAGAUGAUCACGUGUGCGGCGAGUUCGAAAAAGCAUACUGAGGAUGCAACGACUAAGUUGAAUGCGAUGAUUGCAGAGUAUGAAGCGAACCAAGAACCUCCAUCGAUGACUGAGAAGUGUGGAAAUGUUGAUGCCGCGACAAAGGACACAUCGACAUAUGGUAGUUCAACAAAAGUACUAAGUCCACUUGUUGUGCGAGGAAAAGGCAGACCCCCAUCUCUGAGGAGAGUAUCCAGGAUGGAGAAAGAACUGCGAAAAGUUAAGGAGAAGACGAAGAAAGCGCAGGGGAAGGGAAAACGCAAACAGCGAGAUGGGGAAGAUACACCAGUAGCGGGCACUUGCAGGAAGCUAUUUGGCCCUUCUGAUUUGGACGUCUCCAAUGUUGGACACCUGCAGGAUGCUAAUGUAGAAAGCAUACCAGCUGUUGAGUUUAGUCAAACCCAGCCUCGAGAAACAGUACUUCAAAGUCAAGAAAGCAAGACCCGGCUUGCAGAAUGGAAGCAAUUUUGA